AUGUCUGUCGAGGAUGUAUGGAGAUAUGAUUAUGAGGAGGUUGAAUGCUCUGAGGGGAGCCUAGUGUCUACAAGAGUCACAUUUGAGGAUGGUUCAGUUUCACCAGGCGCAUUUGCCAAGCAUCCGUCCACCCCAACAACAAUAAUCUAUAGAUCUGCAGCGGGUAGUGGAGACAACACGUGCUCAUGCAUUUCUAUCGAUAUCGAGAAUAACGGCAAGAAUGCGGCGACAUACCUCGGACAUUCAGGAAUUCUUCACGCCGUGAACACGAGCGUUGGAGACCCCAACACCUUUCUAACUGGGUGCUCUGACGGAAUCGCACGUCUACGACGCGAUAGUGGUCUCAGCGUUGGUCUCAUUCAUCCCGACGGACACCCUUUGGCGUUUACAGGUGGUCAUCGCAAGGAGCAGGUUCUCUUGUGGGACAUUCGCGCUCAACAGCACGUCUAUGAGCUCGGCACUGGUAACAACGCUAUACAAGAUCUCGCGUGGGACAGUCGUCACAACUCGCUCUAUGCCCUCUCCGAAUGCAUAUACAUGGACAGGCUCGGUGGCUAUCACGGAUAUCGACGCGCUCGCAUUCCACGGUCUGAUCCACCUGACGGGAUGGAUGAGGAUGAGGAUGAGGAUGAGAUGAAGAUGAGGACGAUGAAUGGGAUGACGGCGAGGGACCGCAUUGGCCGGAACGGGCAUUCCACGAUGAGGAUCAUUUCGACUACUGCUAUGACGUCGGGAGUCAUCUGA